GGAACGAAAGUUGACGCUCGGCUCGGAACCACGGAUCCCACGGCCCAACCACCAGGAGUUGCGAUUUAGAACACGACCCGAGUUACAACGGGGGCGGAGUCAUCUUAUUCAGAGUCGUCCGAUAAAACAAAGGACCACCGCCAUCACCACCGCCGGCCCACGCCACCGCCACCUCUGUCGGUGCUCUCCUCCUCCUUCUUCUCCCUCCCCCCUUAGCUUCUGUUCAAAACCUCCAACACAUCCUUUCUAUACUUGCAGAAUCAUCAAGAUUUCCCCCGUCCUCGCUCCUCGUGAUCAGAUCUGGGCCAGGAAGAAGGGGAGGAGCGAGGAUGUCUUUGAACAUGAAGACACUGACGCAGGCUCUGGCCAAGGCUGGCGCCGUGAUCGAGAAGACUGUCCAUACCACUGUGCAAGAGGUGACCGGACCGCGGCCGCUGCAGGACUAUGAUCUCCUCGACCAGGUCGGCUCCGGCGGCCCCGGCCUCGUUUGGCGCCUCUUCUCCGGCCGCCCGCGCGCGUCCGCCCCCUCUGCUCCUUAUCCGCUCGUCACCGUCUGGCUCCUCGACAAGCGAGCCCUAUCCGAGACUCGCUCCCGCGCGGGCCUCUCCAAGGCUGCCGAGGAUGCCUUCCUCGACCUCGUCCGGGCCGAUGCCGCCCGCCUCGUGCGAAUCCGCCACCCUGGCGUCCUUCACGUUGUCCAGGCCCUCGACGAGAGUAAGAACGCGAUCGCCAUGGUCACUGAGCCGAUCUUCGCUUCAGUCGCCAACGCCCUCGGCCAGCUAGACAACAUUUCCCGCGUCCCUAAGGAGCUCAACGGCAUGGAAAUGGGGCUUUUAGAGGUCAAACAUGGAAUGCUUCAGAUUGCAGAAACCUUGGAGUUCCUCCACACCCAAGCACGCCUUGUUCAUCGAGCUAUAUCUCCAGAGUCGAUCUUUAUUACAUCAAGUGGAGCUUGGAAACUAGGUGGGUUUGGGUUCACAGUCCCGCUCGACCAGGCGACAAGUGGCUCAGCACAGAUAUUUCAUUAUGCGGAGUAUGAUGUUGAGGAUGCAGCCCUACCGAUCCAGCCAUCACUAAAUUAUACUGCUCCAGAAUUGGUUCGCAACAAUGCAACAUCAUCAGGAUCUCCUUGUGAUAUUUUUAGUUUUGGUUGCCUUGUCUACCAUUUGAUUGCCCGGAAGCCUCUUUUGGAUUGCCAUAAUAAUGUUAAGAUGUACACAAAUAGUAUGACAUAUUUAACAAGUGAAACUUUCUCUGCUAUUCCGCUGGAAUUGGUUGUCGACCUGCGAAGGAUGUUAUCGAUGGAUGAGAGCUCUAGGCCAAGUGCAUUAGAAUUCACUGGUUCUUCCUUUUUUCGUGAUGAUACCCGAUUGCGUGCUCUUCGCUUCCUGGACCAUAUGCUUGAAAGAGAUAAUAUGCAGAAGUCAGAGUUUCUAAAAGCUUUAUCCGAUAUGUGGAAAGAUUUUGAUUCUCGUGUUUUGCGCUACAAGGUUCUUCCUCCACUUUGUUCUGAGCUGCGGAAUAUGGUAAUACAACCAAUCAUUCUUCCUAUGAUCCUUAAAAUAGCUGAGUCGCAGGACAAAAAUGAUUUUGAGCUUUCAACUUUGCCUGCACUUGUACCAGUUUUGAGUUCUGCAUCAGGAGAAACACUUCUUUUACUUAUAAAGAAUGCUGAGCUUCUUAUACACAAAGCUAGCCAAGAAGAUCUGGUAUCUCAUCUACUUCCCUUGUUUGUUCGAGCUUUUGAUGAUUCUGAUCCCCGCAUACAAGAAGAGGUUUUGCGGAGAACUAUUCCCUUGUCAAGGCAACUUGAUAUGCAGUUAGUGAAGCAAGCUAUGGUUCCUCGUGUUCACAGUAUGGCUCUGAAAACUACAGUUGCUGCUGUGAGAGUAAAUGCUUUGCGUUGCUUAGGAGAUUUGGUUUCAACACUUGACAAACCUGCAAUUUUGGAUAUCUUGCAAACACUGCAACGAUGUACUGCUGUGGACCACUCAGCACCAACACUUAUGUGCACACUUGGAGUAGCAAAUUCUAUUUAUAAACAAUACGGCCUAGAAUUUGCUGCUGAACAUGUGCUCCCCCUGAUUUUCCCCUUGCUUAUUGCUCAGCAACUGAAUGUUCAGCAAUUUGCCAAGUACAUGCUCUUCAUCAAGGAUAUCCUAAGGAAGAUAGAAGAGAAACGGGGUGUCACAGUGUCUGAUUCUGGAUCUCCGGAAGUUAAACUCUCUGCCAUGUCAGCUAAUGAUAUGAAGACUGAACCAUUGUCAAAACUAACUGAACAAAACUUAUCAACCAAGAGUAGGCCGUCAUGGGAUGAAGACUGGGGUCCAGCAGUAAAGAAGAUCGGCAAUACAUCACUUCCUGGGAAGGCUAGCCAUCAACCUGAACAGUCAGUACUAAUUGUGCAGCAGGCGCCUAUCCCUGAUAUUCCUUUGCAGUCUUUGACUGCAUCAUCUAGCCAGCAUACUUCUCCAACAUGCACUCCUGUCGACAUAGAAUGGCCUCCUUCCAACUCAUAUUCUGGGUUUGGUACAAAAUUGGGUGUUAAUGAAAACCAGAAUCCCAUGGGGACUUCUAACAAUUCUUUUAAUGAUUUGGAUCCCUUUGCCGAUUGGCCACCAACAUCAAGUAAUUCAGCAAGCAGCUUAGGGACUGUAAAUGCACCAUAUCAGAGUUAUGGAAUUUCAGGAGUAGGCAUGAUGAGCAGUGCAGGAUUUUCCACCAACAGUUCUAUUGUGCAGUUACAGAAACAAAAUGGGAGUUUGAUCUCGAACCUAAACAAUCAAGGUGGUUUGCCAAUGAAAAGUCAAAGUGUUGGUCAGCUGAACCGUCCAUCUGCGUCACUUGCUGGAGGUCAAGGCUCUGCAUCAGGUGUGAGUUACUUCAACCCUAACAGUAGUGCCACUAAAACUUCAGACAUAGGAUCGAUAUUUGCCUCGGUUAACAAUGGACAGCCUACUCCUAGAAUUGCUCCACCACCAGCAACUGCCAUUGGAAGAGGACGUGGCAGAAACCAAGGGAGUGGCAGACAAUCAAAAGCAUCACAGUCUAGACCUCUUCAGGGACCAUCGGAACAGCCUCCCCUGUUAGAUUUGCUUUAGUCGGAAAUUUUCUUCUUGUUAUUCUUUUCAUGUUUUGAAAAAGUUGGCCCUUAUCAGCUCCACCAGAAAAUCAUCUCUCAGAAAAUGCAAGCAUCUGUGGAGUUUCUAUUGUUCUAGUUGCACUGUGGCAAAUUGAUACACCUCAUUCAAAGUGUCCAUACAUGUGUUAUCGAAAAUUUAUCCAGUCACUCUUGUCUUGUA